GAAAAAGUUGAUUAUACCAAUACUACUACUACUACUACUACUACUACUACUACUACUACUACAAUUACAUCAUGAAGUGUUGGAGAAGGCAGCGCCGCAGACUGACAGCAGCAGCGGAAACACGUCAGGCAUCAGUCAGGUCAGCCCUAGAUAGACUGGAAGGUAAGCUGAGUGAAGGAGGCGAACUAUUGACGGAGGAACGACUGUAUAUCUUAUCCCUCGCUCCCUCCGCUCUCCUACAAUGCCUGAGGGAGGGACAGCUGGCGCCCACUCAGGUCCUCAGGGCGUUUCAAGCUAAGGCCAUCGUGGUGACCUACAGAGUCAACUGCAUCACUGAGUUCAUACCACAAGCUGAGGCGUGGGCCACGGAGCUUGAGGGGCGCGGCGCAGAGGGGCGUGGGCUGCCGCUGUACGGGCUUCCAGUCAGCGUGAAGGACACGGUGGAUGUGGAGGGGCUGGACUCCACGCUCGGCCUCGCCAAGAACCUCAACGCGCCUGCCCGCACGCACGCCGCCAUCAUCCAUGCCCUCAAGGUCCAGGGUGCCGUGCCAUUCUGCAAGACCAACGUGCCCCAGGCGGUGACCAGCAUCGGCUGCAGCAACCCUGUGUGGGGCGCCACGCUCAACCCCGUGGACACUCAGCGCGGACCAGGGGGCUCCUCAGGCGGUGAGGGUGCCCUGGUCGGCGCAGGUGGCUCCCUAGUCGGUGUGGGCGUGGACGUGGUGGGCGGCGUGCGAGUGCCGGCACACUUCUGUGGAGUGGUGGCACUCCGGCCCACGGCUGGGCGCCUCAGCCUGCUGGGUGUGACAGGGCGCGGCGCCCCACAGACAGGAGUACACCCCAGCGUGGGCGUGCUGGGGCGGGACGUGGGUAUGGUGGUGGCCGCGGUGCGCGCCGUGCUGGAGGCCGAGGUGGGUGACGACCCGCUGCCACCACCCGUGCCGUGGCGUCCGUACCUGGUGGAAGGCGGCCGGCCACUGCGGGUAGGCUGGUGUGAAGAUGACGAGGCGUUCCCGCCCACGCCAGGCUGUAGGCGCGCCGUGGCUGUGGCGCGCGAGGCUCUGGGCGCAGCGGGGCACUCUCUGGUGGCCUUCACGCCCCCGGGAUCGCGGCGGGCGUGGGGCCUGGCGCUGGCCUGCCUCGCCGCUGAUCAGGGCGUGGCUUUGCGCGCCAACCUAAGUGGUGAGGAGCGGGAUGCGCUCAUUGGGCACGGCCCGGAGCUGUUGGCCCUGCCGCGCCCCCUGCGCGCCCUGCUCAGGCUGCUGCUUCAGGACAGGGCGCCCAUGGCCGCUCAUAAAAUGACGGGCCGGGCCGCCACCUCGAGGGGCCUGUGGUCGGUGCUAGAGGAGCGCCGCCGCCUGGUGGCAGAGGUGGCUGCAGCGUGGCGCGCGGCGGGUCUGGAUGCCCUUGUGUGUCCUGCCUACCCCAUGCCCGCCCCGCCCCUCACUGACGCUGCACGCCUGGCAGGCACGCAGGCCACCACAGGCGUGUAUAGCCUGAUGAACUUCCCCGUGGGCGUGGUGCCAGUGACGCACGAGACCCAGGACGACCAGGAGAAGCUGGAAGACUACCCCACCCACCACGCCGCCCUUAGGAACGUCAAGGAGGCCACACGAGGCGCGGAGGGACUGCCCAUUGGCGUGCAGGUAAUAGGCCUACCCUGGCAAGAGGAGAUAGUGUGCAGGGUGAUGCUGGACCUGGAAACACAACUCAAGAGGCAAGGGUAGGGUGAAGGGUGAAGGAACGGGGGUAAGGGUGAGACAAGGGUGACGAGGAGUGAAGAAAGGUUUCACUAAAAGUGAGAAAGAUGAAAGAAUGUUGACUGAGGAUGAGACAAGGGUAAAUAAGAGUGGAAAGAGUUAAUCAAGGGUGAAAAGGGUGACUUAGGGUGAAAGAAAUGUGAUUUAGGUUGAGACAAGGGUGACUAAAGGCUGGUUCACACGUUCGACUGAAAUUGCAAGUCGGUAGUUUCCGACUGCAUAUUGGUCGCAAAACAAGGCCAACAUGUUGGUCUUGUUCAAUUAUUUAUGUUGUGACGUCACGGAGUAAGCUUUGAAAAUGUGGUGUCGAUGUAGAGAAGAUGUUAGAGUUGGUGAGAUAAAAACAACGCAUCUGGGACCUCAGAAAUGAAUUAAAAAAAAAAAAAAAAAAAAAAAAGCUUGCGCAAGUCGUUGUUCGACGAAACAGUUGCCACCCUCAAAGAAGUUUCCCUCAAUGCAGGGUGCUGUUGGAGGUGAGGACUGAACACUUGUCAGGAUUGAAUUUGAUCGCAAUUGUGCAUAGUCUUAAGAUUAAGUGUGGUAGACAAUCCUGUGUUUCCUUCUACUUAGCCAAGGACGUAUUCACAGGCAUCUUUUCUGUUGACUCUUCCGGUGCGCCACAAGAAGAGCAACCACCGCUUCAGCAUCGUCACUGGAGGAAGACAUCUUGGCUGUUUGUUAACAUUCACUUCCCGCCAAGGCGCAAACUAGUCGAUACUUCCCAGUCGCUAUGUGUGACGUUUUCUGACUAGAAGGGCUAAGUCGAAUCUUCUAGCGACUUGCAAUUUCAGUCGCAAAUAUGCACGUGUGAACCCACCUUAAGGCUGGAAAGCGUUAAUCAAAAAGGAUGAUUUUAGGGUGAGGCAAGAGUGAGAAGGAUUAAUCAAUGGUGAAGAAGGGAGAAGGGUGAAGGGUGAAGUAAAGUUGGAAAUGGUGACUAAGAGUGAAGGGUAAGAGCAGUAUGAGAAAAGUGACUUUUGAGGGUGACUACUAAGGGUGACUUGGAGUAAAGGGAAGGAUGAUAAAGGUGAGGUAAGCGUGAUGAAAGUGACUGAAGAUAAGGAGGAUGAGAUACGUGAAUUAGGGUAAUCUAGGGUGAAAGAAGGGUGAUUAAGGGUAAAGCAAGGUUAAAAAGAGUGAUAUAGGAUGAGACGGGUGAAAAGGGUGACUAAGGGUGACUUUUGAGUGACAUUUACUAGGAUGGCUAUUGAAAAGAAAUCAUUUAUAAGGGUGACAUACUGAAAAUGAUCUAGUUUAGAGUGAAUGCUUACGGUGAUUCUACGAUAACCUAAUUAAGGUGAAAUUUUAGGGUGACGGUUUAGAGUGACAAUUCUAAGGGUGACCUAGUUUAUGGUGAUUCUUUUUGGGGUGAUUAAGGUGAAAUUUUAAGGCUGAUAAAAAUUAAGGUGACUUUUAAAGGUGAUUACUUAAGAGUGAAGUAAAUAUAGUGACAGUCGCAUAAUAAGUGUGUUGUAAGUGGUAUCCUUAUGUGAAGUAUGUGUUUAUAAGUGUUUAAGUGUAGAAUAAGUCUAAAGUGAGCAUAAAGUAAGGGUUGUAAGUAUAAAGUAGGAGUUAUAAGUGCAAAAUAAGUGUGAUUUAAGCGUUGCGUUAGUAGAAUAAGUAAAACAAAUAAAUGUUUAAGAGCAAAUCUACGUGUUAAGUAAGUUCAGAUCAAGUUGUAAAUAUAUUCCGAGUGUUGUAGUGAAGUAGUGAAUUGUCGUACGUGUGACCUGAAUGUUGUAGUAAGUAAUGAAGUGUUUAAGUGCAAAAUAAGUGUUGUAAAAUGAAUGUUGUUGUAAGCCAUUCAAGAGCUGUAGUAUUGUGAUUCAAGUGUUGUAGUGGGUACGUAAUUCUAGUGUUACAGGUACAAUUCAAAAUGUUAUAAGUGUCUUAAAUGUAAUCUAAGUGUCGUGUAAUCUGUGUUUCAAGCAUUAUAUAAGUGUUAAGGGUGUAAUCUGUAUGUUGUGAGUGUAAUCUAAAUGUUGCAAUGAGUAACUUGUGUCAUAAGUAAAGUUCAAAUGUCGUAAGUCUAAGUGUUCUGGGUCAAGAAAUAAUAGUCCUUAGAAGAAGGCCAAGGAAAAAGUCGGUAAACAAAUAGAAACACAAUGCACUAGAAACAGCUAUAGAUAUAUAGAAGGGAAAUGGCAUAUAAACCCAUAGAAAUACGUACAAAACGCACAAUAGAAGAAAAUAUACGUAAAUAGAUGCAUAAAUAAAAAUAGAUCAUACAACGCAUAAUAGAAGAAAAUCUAAGUAGAUAGAUUAAUAAAUGUAUAAAAAGGCCGUACAAAACACACAAUAGAAGGAAAUACGAGUAAGCAGACAAAUAGAUAGAAAAAUAGUAAUCACUUCUUGUAAACAAAAACUGACACACGUACGAAACACAGUGGAAUAAAUAGAUAGGUAGAGAAGUGUUAAAAAGAAUGAAGUACACACACAGACAAGUAAGAAUAGUCAAAUAUAUGUGAAAUAAUUUAGUAGCCACCCUAUUGAACUGAGCGCCACACUUAUUAGAUUAGUAAGAGCACCACAACUUGACAAAAAACAGCAUCAUAUUGGGCAGUUCUAGUCACUCUUUCGUUUGUAAGCUAACCAACAAAACCGCUUCAGCUUUAAUCGUGUUCUUGGAUUGGUAAGGCAGAUUUGGGGAUAUGUGAGACCAAUUAAGGUGUUUUCGUAAGCUAUCCAACCAAAAAACGCUGGAUAAUCGGGUUCCACAGUCACACUUGGAUUGGUAAGGCAGAUUUCGGAAUAUGUGAGACCAAUUAAGGUGUUUUCGUAAGCUGUCCAACCAAAACAUGUUGGGUAAUCGGGUUUCAGUCAUGCUUGGAUUGGUAAGGCAGCUUUGGGGAUGUGUGGGGCCAAUAUACGAUGUCUUUGUGAGCUGUUCAACCAAAACGCUCGCUCCCCAUGUUGGUAGACGCCCGAACGAAUGGAAAUGUUUUGGUUGGGUAGUAUACGAUAGCUGUGGGAAUGUUGGUUUGUUAUUGUUCUUUUCACCAGUCAUGUUGGACUUUAUUAAUACUUGUCUGUUUAUUGGUUUAUUUUUAGUACUGUAAGGCAGCCAGAUCCGUGCCUUCCAAAAAUAAUUAUGUAGGUAGUAGUGAUGGUAAUGAUAAAGAGCAUAAUAAUAAUGAUAAUAAUAAUAAUAAUAAUAAUAAUAAUAAUAAUAAUGAUAAUAAUAAAGGCACUUGAAAUG